AGGCGGAGCUGAGACGGGGUCGGAACUGUGUGCUAACUCCAGGACCAGGGGCGGGCCUUCGUCAAAGCUGCCUUCCAGGGCCCAGCCUCGUCCUCCACGGGCCGCUCUUCCCCGCGUCCUUCUCGAUCCCUGCGUCCUCCUCGAUCCCUGCAACAAGGUGCCGCAGCCCGAGAGCACAAUAGGCCAGGACCUGCCUGGGGACAUCGGAGCCUGGCUGCCGGGCGGAGAGGCGAGCUCCUGCUUUCCAUCCCCCUGGGACUUGCAUUCGGAAACCUGGGGCCCAGGUGUCAGUUUGUCCUAAAGCCAAGAGACGGCAGAUUCCAAGUGCUCCCCACACCCCGACCACAUCCCCAGGCUGGACCGGCAGCAGCUCAAGCCCCGUCAGGACACAGGAUCCAGGUCACUCCCUGAAUCAGCCAAAGCAAAGAGCUUCUAAUGAUCGUUUUGUGUUCCAAGAAUGUUUAAGCGCCCACAGUAAAUUUGGGGCGGAGCUGGGGUUAGAGGUCGGGAAUAGAGCGCGACAGAAGGGGAGUGAUUAAUAAAAUUGUUCAUAGUUUUCAGUUUUUAAGGAACCAACCUCUCUGCCCAGCCGUUUGUCAUUCUUUGCUAAAAAAGGAGAAGCCAGUUGAAUUGGUCCUUUUUAAACUAUAAUAUCUGUUGAAGCAGAAUUAUGUUUGCAUAUGUAUUUGCGGCGUUAAAACAAUUCUUCAUUGAUUUAUACUUUGUAGAGACACCCAAGACUGCUUCUUGUCUCUGAGAGUUGAAGAAACAGAAUCUCAUCUGAUUACUUGCUUCAGGCCAGGAGCCUAUUAAUUCAGUCAUUAGUUACAGUGGUCAAAUCUCUUCCCCACGCUUUAACCAGGUUUCUUAAAGGUAGUUUGGCUCAAAUGCUGGGUCGAUAGUUGUAACCCAGACGUGAAGGAAGUUUAGAAAACCAAUGACAAAAAGGAAAAAAAAUCAGGGUAAACGAAUUCUCCUUUCUGUGGCAUUUGGCACCCAAUCAACAGCAUUGGCAAAUCAGGUGAUGUCUUCUCAGUCGUCAUUUUAUCUUUGUACACCCAGUCUUGAAACUUCUCACUAGGCUUCUCUGGUAUCACUCUGUCAGGGUUCUAGAGCUUUCGAACCGAUCUAAUCAGUCCUUUUACCACUUGGCUGUAUGAGCCUGGACAUUUAACCUCCCUGAGCCUCAAUUUCCUGAUCUGUGAAACGGGGGUGAUAAAACUUACUGUGAAUUGAUUCCUGGCACAUAGUAAGCUCACAAUGUUUGUUGCUUUCAUUAUUUCUACUACUAUUAAUUUAACAGAUAUGUGAAUGCCCUUAUGUGUUGGGCGUGUUAAACCAAAAACUCAAACCCGUUGUCAUCGAGUCAGUUCUGACUCAUAGCGACCCCAUGUAUUACAGAGUAGAACUGAGCUUCAUAGGAUUUUCUUGGCUGUAAUCUUUAUGGAAGCAGAUCGCCAGGCCUUUAUUUCAUGGUGCCACUGGGAACUGCAGCCUUUCCAAAUUGGGCAUAUCAGCCCCUGGGAAUGCAACAAUGAAGGAGAUCCAUUUUCUGCCCUCAAGGAAUCUAUCCUAGUGGAGGAGACAGGUAAACAGGCAGAUAAGAGUGUGGUAGGUGUUGAGGUUUGAGUACACCUAACAUAGGUGGGUACGGGGUAUCAGCGAGGACUUUCUGUAGCACAGUACACCUGAGUUGAGUACUGAGGGACAGGUCAAAAGUUAGCUAGGUUGGGGAAGGGGAGUUGGACCAGGCAGAGGAUGCAUGAGCUAUAAAGUUUUUCCUUUGUGCUCCUUUUCCUAUCUGACUUUCAAGCUCCAUCCCCUAAAUGUGGACCUCUCCCAAGGCUUGCUUCCCAGCCUUCUGCUUUUCUCAUGAUUUUCUUCUUUAGUGAAUUUCUUUCACUCUAAUAGUGUUAACUGCUCACUCCCAAGUCCACUAUUGCCAUCUCUAACCUCUCUCUUAAGCAUCAGUCCUACCUUUCUAACUGAAUGCUGCACGCGUGUGUGUGUUUGUGUAGCCCUGGUGGUACAGUGGUUAAGUGCUAGCCUGCUAACUGACAGGUCGGCAGUUGAAACCCACCCAGCAGCUCCAAGGGAGAAAAGACCUGGCAGUCUGUGUAAAGAUUGUAUAAUUUCCGCUUGGGAUAUGUAACUGCCUUCUGAACCUCGAUAGGAUUUUAAAACCCAAACUCAUCUUUUCCUCCAAAACCAGUUCUACCUCUGAGCUUUCCUAUUUCUGUCUUUGACACACUACUAUUCUCCUAUCACUCUGGCACAAAAAAUUUGGAAUCAUCACGAUUGUGGAAUGGGCUCCUUGAUGAAGCAGUGUCUCUCUGGCACUGGGCAUUUUCAAGCAGAGACUUUAAAACCAUAUAUCCAGGAGUUUGUAAAAUAUAUUCCUCCAAAGGGAAGAGGAUGAGCUAGCAUUACCGCUGCCGUGGGCUCUUAUCACCACAAAUGUGGUCCACUAUAAUUGUAUUCUAACUGGUAUCUCUUUCUCUGGGUUCUUUUCACCUCCACCCUCAUCCCUUUACAGAUGGGUAUUAUUUAGAAUGUUCCUUAGAACAAUGCUUCUCGAACAUUAAUAUGAUGGUCCAUAGAUUAGCAGCGGUACCAUCACCUGGGAGUUUGUUAGACAUGUCAGGAGUAUAGGGUCGCUAUGAGUUGGAAUCGACAGCAAUAGAUUUGGUCUUUAGUUUUUAAGGAGCUCCGAUGGCGCAAAGGUUAAGCGCUUGGCUGCUAAACAAAAGGUUGGCUGUUUGAACCCCAGCCACUCUGUGUGAGAAAGACUUGGUGAUUUGCUCUUGUGAAGAUUACAGUCUAGAAAACCCUAUGGGGCAGUUCUGCUCUGUCAUAUAGGGUCAUCUAAGAACAACGAGAAAUACCAAGGCCCCACUCCAGAACUUCUGCGUCAAAAUCUUCAUUUUAACUAGUUCCUCAAGUGAUUUGUAUGCACAGUAAAGUUUGAGAGAGACACUGACUUAGACCACUGUUUUGUGUUUGCCACCUUGGUUUCAAAGCCUAUAAUGGCUUCCUACUACUGUUGACUAAAAUCCAUAGUUUAGCUUAUAUUUAAGGCCUAUUCAUUGUUCUCACAUACAUGGGGUUCUGCUCAUGUAACUGCCCUCACUGUAGUUGGAGAGUAUAUGCAAAGUGCUUAACACACUUCUCAGCACGUUUGGUAAGGCAUUCAAUAUUUUGGGGUGCCUACUACGUAGCAGGCAUUGUUAUAGGAGCCAAGGGAUACACCUGUGAACAAGACAAAACCCUUUGCUGUCGAGUCUAUUCUGACCGAUAACGACCCUAUAGGACAGAGUAGAACUGCCCCAUAGAGUUUCCAAGGCGCGGCUGGUGGAUUCAAACUGCUGACCGUUGGUUAGCAGCUGUAACUCUUAACCACCAUACCACCAGGGUUUUCUUAAAUGAUGAUGUACAAACCAUAAAUCUCUUACCUGUCAACUUUCAGCAUUACCUUUACCCUCUUUGGAAGAUGAUGAUAUUAGCUUCAAUAGUCGUUCCUUUAUAUCUCCUUCUGCCUUCUAUUUCCCACCUUCUGCCAGCUGAACCUUUACUUCGUAUUUUCAAAUUUGAUGACAUUCAUUCUUUUCUAGAACCAUAAUUGAGUCUAUGUGCUUUGUCUGUAGUUCCAUUCUAAAACUUGAAAGCUGAGAACAUUUACAUUACAAUCUUGUAAGUAUUGUUCAAUAAAGAGCCAAGUGGUGUGCUUCUCUAUAGUUCUAUUGUCUUAACUUUUCAGUCAUUCACAAUCAGGUGGAUUCUUUCUUUCAUUGCUCAACUGCUCAAAAUUAUGCCACAUUUAAGUUUCAGAUUCAGACUUUUUACUUUUUUAUAUAAUUUUUUUUAUUUUUGGAGUUUGUUUGCCUUUCUGUUGUCUUUUUUAAGAAAAGAAACAAGCUACUUUACACUUUGUUCCUGUUAAUUUUCAUCUGUUUUGCUCAUUUUAUAUAUUUUACAAAAUCAUUUCUUUUUCUUCAGCCCCACCAACUUUGUGUUCUAAUUUUGACUUCUUCCUUUCUUGACCUGCUUCGUCGCUGUCAUCCUGAGAUUUUUCAAUGACCUCACCUUUUUUUUUUGCAUCUCAUGUAUUCCUUUUAGAUUUUAGCCCCGUUUGGCUGGAGUACAUCCUCAAGUAAUUUCAUUAAAAAACAUGUGGGAGAUAAGGCUUUUUUUAGUCCUUUCAUGUCUGACAGUUAAACUAUUUUGCUCACAUACUUUAUUGGGAGUUCAUUUGAGUAUAGAGUUUUAGGUUCAAAAUAAGUUCGUCAGAAUCUUCUAGCACCUUGUGAUGUUUUUAAGAAGUCUAAUGUCAUUCAGAUUUUUGUUUUUCUUCUCCAUUUCUUAAUAUUUCUCUCUUCUAUUUUUAUAGUACUCCUACAGUUUAGAUAUUAUAUCCCCUUGUUUGUUCCUCUGUGCCUCUUAUGUUUUUUUUCUAAUAUUUUUAAAUCUGUCAUUUUGCUUUGUCAUCUGGAAGAUUUCUUUGAUUCUUAUUGAAGUUUUAAUUACCAUUGUUUAUAAUUUCAAUAAUUCUUUCUUGCUUUCUGAUUGUUCCUUUUUGGUUUUAUGGAGGCAGUAUCUUCUGGAACCUCUGAAGAAAUUAAGGUGUUGAUUUUGUUUAAAAAGUUCUCUUCCCUGAAUCAUCUUUGUUUUCUCUAGGGUCAGCUUUUCUGUAAAGUUUAGUGUUUCAAAUGCUAUCCCUUUGUUUUUUUUUGUUUUUUGUUUUUUGAAAUGUCUCAUGAUCCUUGCUCUUUGCUUGUAUUUAGGAAUAAGGGAAUAGAAAAACUAACCGGGAGCUCUGUGUACAUGACCAGGCAACCAGGACUAAUCAGCUGGCAAGUGUGGCUUUUGGAUGCGUGAGCAUUAAGUGGGUAGUGAUGCUGGGGCUUGUUUUUAGCUCACUUCUCCCUCCCUAGAUCAUGGUUGCUACAGUCUUGAUUCAGAGCCCCGUAGGCCUGGUCAGCUGGGUAGAUCUGCGCCCAUUCUCUACUACAGUCUCCUUUGCACGCAUUCUAACCUGAGACUGUCUCUUCUCUAGUUCAUGGGACAACACUCUUCUACUUUUUUGCUCCUAGAAAUGUAUUGAAAUUAAAUUUACUAAUGGCCCCUCUCAUUCUAUUCUCUGAUAUAAGCUUAUUUUUUAUUCCUUUACUUUUCAUGAUAAUGGUAAGACAGAAAGGUGAGAUAAAUUCUUGUGCUCAGGUUAAAAUCUCAAGUCAAAAGCCUGAGUAUCUCCUAUUUUUAAAUCCCUGAAAAAGUUGAUUUCAAAGUCUUUCUUAGAAGUGUAAUCCAUUAUUAUAAGCCUCACCAUCGGAAGGGAGAAAGGUAUCCAUGUCCCAGGUAUUAGAUGGAUGCCAUUAACCUCAUUUUAGAGAUUUUAAAGUUGAGAUCCAGCGAACCAGAGCAACCUGAUUAAGUUAAAGCAGAUGGCAAGAGCAAAAGCUAAGGUUUAUACUAGGCCUGUGUGAUUUCAGAUCCUGUGCUUUUUUCCACUACACCAUAUUGCCACCCUUAAGUAUAAAUUCUGUGACUUCGUAUUACUCUUCAUGUGCCUUUAGCUACUUUAAGUCUUGGUUGUUCUGACCAUUUGUAUAGUAACAUUAUGUACUGAAAUUAGCUUGCUCUUUUCUAAACUUUACCCUUUCCUAAUAGCUUCUGUUUUUCUAAAUUAAUCUUUUGUUUUGACUAUCCUUGAAAUAUUUUCAAGUUCUUCAUGUGUUCCUAUCAAAUUUUUUUACACAGGACUGAAGCAUGCAUUUGGUAAAUGUUGUUAAGGAAAGAUAAAGUUGAAGUAUAUUUGGCAGAAAUUCAGAAAAAGCAAAACUCAUUCCUCUUCUUGAUCCAGAAUAACAUUUCUUCUGAUUAUUCUCAUUAGUGGGCGCAGUAAUAAACAGCAUCUUCAGAACAUGAUUAUUGGAAGCAGAGUGACACAUGUCCUAAGGCUUUUUCUAAUAGUGCCUUUUAAUGUAAAAUGAAGGCUGUUCAAAUACAGUUUAGUAAAAGCAGUUUUAUUGGAAGCAUACAGAGUAAGAUCUAGCCCUGUAGCUACUCAUUAGCCUGCCUUAAUCCAGGAAUAGAUCAAGAAUCUUUAGAAUCACUCCUUCAGGAGUGUCGAGGAUCCCCAAGACCACUCUCAGGCUUGGUAGUUUGCUAUGAGGAUUUACAAGAUUCAACAGGUGGUUGUACUCACAGGUAUGACUUAUUACAAUAGAAGAAUACAAAGCAGAAUCAGCAAAGGGAUAAUGCACAUAGUAUAUGCAAUUUGAUAAAAGUCUACAGAUAAUUUUGAAAGGCCUCCUGUCUCCCCCCAUGUUGAGAACCAUUGCUUUGAUAUCUGAAACAGUUCUUCUAAGGAUUCUUAGAACUCUGUGUUCCAGAUUGAGCCUCUUUCCCCAUCCCAUCCCCACUGUUAUACCACUACCACAACCCCUGACAACCCCACUGUACCUCAAAAGAAAGGGGAGGAAUAUGUGGCAGUUUUUUUUCUAGAUUCUUCAAAGGCAGUCUUUAUUUUUAGCCAUUCCGGUUGGUGUGUAGUGGUAUCUCAUUGUGGUUUUAACUUGCAUUUCCCUGAUGACAAGUGAUAUUGAGCAUCAUUUCAUGCUUAUUGCUCACUCAUACAUCUUUUAUGAUGUGUCUUUUGAAAUCACUUGCCCAUUUUUUAAAUUCAAUGUUUUGUGGAAUUGAAUUGUAAGCGUUCUUUAUAUGCGCUAUAUAUAAAGUCUUUUGUCAGAUACGCGCACAAAAUAUUUUCUCCCAGUCUUUUCAUUUUCUUAGUGGUGUCUUUCAAAAGCAGUUUUUAAUUUUGAUGAAGUCUACUUUAUCAUUUUUUCUUUCAUAUUUCAUGCUUUUGAUGUUCUGUUUUAAAAAUCUUUGCCUAUCCCAAAAUAUGAGCAUUUUCUUAUGUUUUCUUUACAAAUUGUAUAGUUUAUCUUCUUCCUUUAGUUCUGUAAUCCACUUCAAGGUAAUUUAUGUGUAUGAUGUGAUGUAAGGGUUGAGGUUUAUUAUAAAUAGAUAUCAAGUUGUAUCCAGACUGUCUUUUCCCGAUUGAAUUACUUUGGCUCAUUUGUUGAAAAUUAAUUGACCAUAUAUGUGUGGGUCUAUCUCUGGAUUAUCUGUUCUGUUGCAUUGAUCCAGAUGUCUAUCCUUACACCAAAGUGCACUGUCUUGAUUACUGUAGUGUUAAAAUUAAGUCUGGAAAUCCAGUAGUAUAAGUUAAACUUCGUUAUUUUUCAGAGUAAUUUUAGCUAUUUUAGGUCUCUUGCAUUGCCUUAUAAAUUUUAUAUGAUCAGCUUGUAAAUUUCAUUUAAAAAUCCUAUUGGAAUUUUUAAUAGGAUUCCAUUGAAUCUAUAGACCAGUUUGGAGAGGAUUGACAUCUUAAUAACAUUGAGUUUUCCAGUCAAUGAACAUGGCAUAUCUCUCCAUUUAUUUAGAUCUUUAAUUCCUCUUAGCAGUGCUCUGUCAUUUUUAGUGUACGGGUCUUAUCCAUAAUUUGUUUAAAUUAUUCCUAAUUAUCUUAUGUUUUUUGUUGGUAUUAUAAAUGGUAUUGCUUUUUAAAUUUCAUUUUCUGAUUGUUUACUGCUAGUAUAUAGAUAUACAGUUGAUUUUUGUAUAUUGACAUUGUAUCUUGUGACCUUGCUAAAUUCAUUCAGAUCUUUUUUUUUUUUUUUUUGGGUAGAAUCCUUAGAAUUGUCUGUAUACAUGAUCAUGUUGUCUGUGAACAGUUUUACACUUUCCUUUCCAAUCUGUAUGUCUCAUUUCUUUUUCUCACCUUUUUGCACUGGCUAGGACUUCUAGUACAAUGAUGAAUAGAAGGGAUGAGAGUGGAUAUUCUUGCUUUGUUCCAGUUCUUGGAGGGUACUCAUUCAUUCUUUUCACCGUUAAGUAUGAUGCUAGCUGUAAAUUUUUCUUACAUAUCUUUUACCAACCUUCUAUUUCUAGUUGGCUGAGAGUUUUGUUGUUUUUUUGGUUUCUUUGUUUUAAUCAUGAAUUGAUGUUGAAUUUUGUCAUACGCUUUUUCUCCAUCUAUUAAGUUGAUUAUGUGUUUGUUUUUUCCCUAUAUACUUGGUUAAUAAGGUAAAUUACAGUCACUCAUUUUUAAACAUUAAACCAACGUUUCAUUCCUGACAUAAACCCUAUUUGGUCAUGAUAUGUUUUUAGUUAUUUUAGGUAUAAAUUCUUAAUUAUAAAUAAUAAACAUAAAAUAAGAUUGGGAUGAUAUGAAAAAGAUACACCUAAGAAAUGGCAGAAGCUCUUGGGAAUGUAAAACCGAAAUUUAUAACUUUAGUAGAAGGAUUAGAAAGUAAAGUUGAAGAAAUCUGGAAAGUAAAGAGAUAUGAAAUAGGAAUGAAACAGGUAUAAAAUUAGGCAUAAAUCUAGAAUUACAGCUUUAACUAUUAGAAAUUCUAUAAAAUAAGAACUGAAAAAAUAGAGGAGACAAAAUUAUCAAAGAAAUAAUAGAAGUUCCCAGAAUUGAAGGACCCAAAUGACCAGACUAAAAAGGCAGCUAAAUGCAGCUGGCCUAGAAAGCAACUAGUCCAGAUUGGAGCAGCAGAAUAGAAGUCUCUGGGAAGGCAGUCUCCAGGGAAAAACUGCAACUGAUAGGUUUGAGUAUAUGGAAAAACAUAUUGAUAAGGCAAAUCGCAGAGCUGUAGGAGUAUUCGCAAAGAAAUAAUGAUAGCUACAUGGGAAACUAAACAAAUGAAGAAAUGAGGCCAUUAUUAACUCCAGGUGAAAAAUGGGUACACAAGGAGAAAUGGUUGUCUCUACUUCCCUCAGCUGUGAACCAUACUUGCAUAGUCAUGUAAUGUAAAUGUGUACAAUCAAUUUAACCAAAUAUUAUGCCAGAACUGUAUUGGGAGGAUGAGGGGAGAGGGAAAGUAAGGUGAUGUAGGAGAGCUUAGUCUUCGUCUACCAUAGUAGGAGGUUAGUAGGCAGAUGUCUAAAAUUGAUAAGCAAUAGUCAUAUAAACACUAUUUAAGAAUGAUGGUGAUACAAAGCAGGAAAAACAGCCGAAAGAAUUGAAGGCAAUUGCUUCUGGGAAGGGGGUGGUGGAGAGUUGGAUCAAGGGACUGCCAUUUCUUGGUAUAAGCUUUUCAAUACUAUUUGACAUUUUAAAUUAUGUGCAUGUAUGACUUUAAAUUUAAAAAUGUAAAGAAAGAAAAUCAUACGAUAACAAACUUUUCUUAUAGAGAUAGCAGCGUAUAGUUGGCCAAGUACGUCCAGGUUUAUCAUCACUGAAAAGUUUAUCUAAACAAAUCUUUAGACUCUAGUAAAUUACAGGUCUAAUACAGUGCUUUGUGAAUGGUAGAACUGUUAGUAAGUUUUGGUUAAUCAAAAAUUUAUUCUAGAAAAAGAACCUUAACUAACUCAGCUUGUUUCUAUUUUCCUUUUAGGUUUAAAUUUUUGAAAUUGAAAUAGGUCCACACAUUAGGAACUCAUGUCUUUUCUUGUAAGUAAACCAGAACGGAUUAGGGUGAGUGUUUCUCUUCUUCUGACUUUACUCUUUUUGUUUUCUGAAAAGCAGUGUGUUUUGACAGAUAUUGUAAGUGGUUUUUUAUGUGAUGCUUAGAAUCUUACAGAAGUGAAAGAUGUAGAAAGGAAAGUAAGGCAGGUAUUGCAGUCUCCACUCCUGAGAAAAGAGCUUGCGGGCAAAGGCAGACCAGAGACACAGAAUAUACUCCCACGCUUGUCUGAUAGAGAAGAAGCAAGAGGGUGGCUUAUCUCAUGACUAUCAGUCAUCCAACAUUAAAUGAGUUGAUGGCGUUUUUCAGUGAAUCAUGUCCCCAUUUCCUUGUGGAUUUUGGUGGGUUUGUGUGUUUUUAAAAUCAGUAUCAAAUUGUAAUCACUGGAACACUUUUUUCUAAGUAUAAUCAUAGAUUUUAAUUGAAUAUUUUUUUUUGAACACAAAAAAUUUUAUUACACCUCAAAAUUUAACCAGCUAAAAUGACUUCGAGAGUAAAUAUUGGAUUUAGCGCCUUUACAAGCUGCUAUGAUUUCAUAAAAGACUGUCUUGUUUUAUUACCAAGUACUUAAUUUCUAAAUGCAGUAAUAAAUUUAAAAUUUUUGUACCAGUGUGUAAGUGCUAUGAGAUAUUUUAAGUAUACCACUCUCUCUUUCAAUAUUAAAGUGUAAAUUAUAUUUUGUAGUACAGUGCAUAUGAUUUUUUUAUAUCAAAUUUUUUAUUUACGGUCUUAUUUCUUUUCUAAUUUGGAAAAAUUGAUAUAGAAAAAAACAGAAUAAUGUUAUAAUUCCAUUUCAAGAUCUAUAUUAUGCAACUUUUUUCUGAAUGCGACUUAAUCUUUUUUGUUAUGUUUACAUAUAUAAGAAAAGUUUAUAUUGAAAAGAGUAAACUUCACUGUUAAUUAAGAGAAAAACUGAACCUCUCCUUAGCCAGUGGAAAGAAUGCCCCCAAGCCAAACUUUAACACCGGUCUUUAAACGAAAUACAAUCUUGAUUCCAUUGCUUUUAAAGAUCGGCUUCUUUUCUGUUUCAGCCUAGUCUGAUUCAGGUGAAACCAGACCACUGAACAGUACGAUGGAAAUCUAAUACUCAUUUGAACUAGGGCAGUAAUGUGAACCAUAGGUUGGCUAUGCUUGUUUGAUCUACAUGUUCAAACCUGGUAGAAAAUGUACGCGGUGGCGUCUUUGGAAACUCUCAUGGACGAAAGAGCGUGCAUCUUGCUGUAUUUCCUUUUACAAACUAACAGAGGCUUGUAAAAAACUCAUAUUCAUCCCUAUUUUCUGUAUUGUGAAUUCUAAUAAUAUUUUUCAAGUUGGUGUUAAUGAUCCAAAGCAUCUGUAAUGGAGGGCCAUGGAAUGAGUAAGGUGGAACCAAAAGGUUGUUAGGUAUAGGAAGGACAAAAACAUUCUUUCCUUUUAGGGCCAGUCCUGCUUAUUUCUCGUCUGUCAGAUUUAAGAUUUAAGUUAGGCAAAGAGGAAUAGAGAAAGGAAUUAUAAAUCCAUUGUUUUCAGUUGGUUUAACUCCAAGAUUCUUUUCAAAACUUUUCCAUAGAAAUGUAUCUUAACUGUACUGUGUGAUCUGGUUGUAAUUGUGUUUUUGUCUGUCUAGUGGCUGAUAAUCUAAUUUUCUCUAACUUGGGAGAAAUACUAAUUCUCUUUGGGGUUUUCCUCUUUAGCGGUGGGUCUCGGAAAAGUUCAUUGUUGAGGGCUUAAGAGAUUUGGAACUAUUUGGAGGCCAAUGAGGCGAGCUCAGAGUCGAUAGCAUCCUUCUCUAAACAAGAGAUCAUGAGUAGCUUUCUGCCAGAGGGAGGGUGUUAUGAGCUACUCACCGUUAUAGGCAAAGGAUUCGAGGACCUGAUGACAGUGAAUCUAGCAAGGUACAGACCAACGGGAGAGUAUGUGACGGUGCGAAGGAUCAACCUAGAAGCUUGUUCCAAUGAGAUGGUGACGUUCUUGCAGGGGGAGCUUCAUGUCUCUAAACUCUUCAGCCAUCCCAAUAUUGUGCCAUAUCGAGCCACCUUUAUUGCCGACAAUGAACUGUGGGUUGUCACAUCUUUCAUGGCAUAUGGUUCUGCGAAGGAUCUCAUCUGUACACAUUUCACCGAUGGCAUGAAUGAACUGGUGAUUGCUUACAUCCUGCAGGGGGUGCUGAAGGCCCUAGACUACAUCCACCACAUGGGCUACGUACACAGGAGUGUCAAAGCCAGCCACAUCCUGAUCUCCGUGGAUGGGAAGGUCUACCUGUCUGGUUUACGCAGCAACCUCAGCAUGAUCAGCCAUGGGCAGCGGCAGCGUGUGGUCCACGAUUUCCCCAAGUACAGUAUCAAGGUUCUGCCUUGGCUCAGCCCGGAGGUCCUCCAGCAGAAUCUUCAGGGUUAUGAUGCCAAGUCUGACAUCUACAGUGUGGGAAUCACAGCCUGUGAACUGGCCAAUGGCCACGUCCCCUUUAAGGAUAUGCCUGCCACCCAGAUGCUGCUGGAGAAACUGAACGGCACAGUUCCCUGCCUGCUGGACACCAGCACCAUCCCCGCCGAGGAGCUGACCAUGAGCACCUCGCGCUCGGGAGCCAACUCGGGCCUGAGUGAGAGCCUGGCCCCCAGCACCCCCAGGACCUCCAACGGCGACUCGUCUUCCCACCCCUAUCACCGCACCUUUUCACCCCACUUCCACCACUUUGUGGAACAAUGCCUUCAGCGCAACCCGGAUGUAAGGCCGAGUGCCAGCACCCUCCUGAACCAUUCUUUCUUCAAGCAGAUCAAGCGACGUGCCUCAGAGGCUUUGCCUGAAUUACUUCGUCCUGUCACACCCAUCACCAAUUUUGAGGGCAGCCAGGCUCAGGAUCACAGUGGAAUCUUUGGCCUCGUAACAAACCUGGAAGAACUGGAGGUGGAUGACUGGGAGUUCUGAGCCUCUGCAAGCUCUGCACAUUCUCCAGCCCAGACAUGGGAGCCUCCGUGGGCUUUUCCUGAGGGCUGGCCCCAUUCCCACCCUCCUGGAUGCAGACUGGGUAGGAAGGACGUGUCUGCCAGGAGAGUUGGCUGCUUUCUGAAUGGGAAAGAAAUUCCUGGAGAGAGACUCUGCUUCAUUGCUCCAAGGCUUUUGAGACACAAGGGAACAACCAGGGUUGGGGGGGAGGGGGACGGAACGCUGACAUUCCCAGUUCUGCGAGCUCAGAUGACCUCUUCAGAAGGAAGAGAUGCUGCUGCUCUGGCCCUGGGGGCUGAAGUCCAAGUCCAGGGUUUGACUCAUCAGCCCAGGGAACUGUGGGACCUCCUUUUCCCAUCUCUUGCUCCUCUACCAGCCUAAUUCCAUUCUUUUCCU